GAGAGAGAGAGAGAGAGAUAGAGGGGGAGAGGGAGAGCUGGAGCUCCAUGCCGGCUGGAUUUACCGCUGGAGAGCGCAGAUCUUUGGGGAUCUCUGCGUUUUCUCUCUGACUCAGUCAUGGAUCGCUGUGCUGGUCUUUUCAUCUCGGAACGCUGUCCUCUCACUCCGAGGAAUUAAGGAAUGUAAAUUUGGGAAAAAUGCCCCAUGUUCUCCAGAGUGUCCCUCCAGGUGAUCUGAGUGUUCUCAGUUAGCGAUUCCUGGACGGUGGAGGUGGCCAUGUGGUCAGUUCGAGGGAUUUGAGCUCAUCCAAACAUUCACAAGGAGUGUCCCAGAGGCAGGAUGGUCCCGCCUCCUCCCACCAACAAGCCGCAUGUGUGCCUGUCCACCAUCAUCAUCAUGAGCAGCAUGGCGCUGAUGGACGCUUACCUGGUGGAGCAGAACCACGGCCCGCGGAAGGUGGGAAUCUGCAUCAUGGUGACGGUGGGGGACCUGUGCUUUCUGAUAGUGCUGCGGUACGUGGCCGUCUGGGUGGGUGCUGAAGUUCGGACGGCCAAACGUGGCUAUGCCAUGAUCCUUUGGUUCCUUUACAUCUUUGUCCUGGAGAUUAAAGUGUACUUUGUGUACCAGAACUACAAGGCGGACCGUAAGAGUCUGGACGCUCUGGCUAGGAAAGCUUUGACCUUACUGCUGUCCGUCUGCAUCCCCGUCCUUUUUGUCAUUCUGGUGGCCAUUGACCACAUGGAGUAUGUAAGAGUUUUUAAGAAGAAAGAGGAGAUCCGAAAUCGCCUUUUUUGGGUGGUGGUGGACCUGCUGGACGUUCUGGACAUCCAGGCUAAUCUGUGGGAGCCACAGAAGAAAGGCUUGCCGCUGUGGGCCGAGGGAUUGAUGUUCUUCUACUGUUACAUCCUGCUGCUGGUCCUGCCCUGCGUGUCGCUCAGCGAGAUUAGCAUGCAGGGCAUCAACAUCAGCCCUCACAAGAUGAUGCUGUACCCCAUACUCAGCCUGGUGACCAUUAACAUCAUCACACUUUUCAUUCGUGGAGGGAACAUGCUUCUGUACAAAGACAACAGGGUGUCUGGGAUACUCAUGGGCAAGAACAUCCUGGCCAUCAUUCUGAAGACGUGCAGCUUCGUGCAGUAUCGGAGGCAGCUUCAGAGCGCUCCUCCGGCGUUUGGGCUGGAACUACAGAAAAACUCUGCCCCCCCGAGCCGUGCUGCUAACACACAACCGCUAACACACACUCAGGACCAGCCUCCGCUGCCUGAACUCACCGCCUGUGAACACACAUGACACACAGGAACUGCUGGACUGGUUUAUAUGGGCAUGUUUGUUGGAAAGAGAGUUUAGAUCGUGGAUUUUGAUGCAGUGAAACGGCAGUGUUAGUAUUAUGUCACUGUGGUUUUCUUCAGCUGAAUGGGAACCAAUGCCAACCAUUCUGAUGACAAUUAGGGACGGGCAGUUUUAGAUUGUAGCAAGCAAUUUGACUAGUUUUCAAACAGUGGAGCGUCAUUUCAGUGUUGUUAAGGUACCAAAUUAGGAUGAUAUGGCUUGAUGUAGCUGUCCAGGACGAGCCCUCGCAUCCAGGCCAGAUGACCUGGAUUUAUGUUCUUAUCCUCUCCCGCCCCUUUGUUCUUUUCCUGAUAGCCCUAAACAUGAAGAAAUACCUAAAAUACAGAUUUGUGCAUAUAUUUCAUUACAUUUAUGUAGUGGGACAUAAAUUUAAUGAAAACUAACUGAUAUGAUGUAACACCACCACAGUGUUUAGUGAAUAAAUAACAAUUAGGUGCUACUUAAUAAUUAGACCCAUUUACAUUCUUGCAACCUGCGGUUAAUAUUACUGAAUGUUACUGAACGUUACUGGACAUUACUGAACGAUACUGAACGUUACAGAAUAUUACUGAACGUUUCUGAACGUUACUGGACAUUACUGAACGAUACUGAACGUUACCGGACAUUACUGAACGUUACUGGACAUUACUGGACAUUACUGAACGAUACUGAACAUUACCGAACAUUACUGAAAGUUACUGGACAUUACUGGAUGUUCCUGAACAUUACUGGACAUUACUGGACGUUACUGAACGUUACUGGAUGUUACUGAACAUUACUGGACGUUAUUGAAUGUUACUGGACAUUACUGAAAGUUAUUGAACAUUACUAAAGGUUGCUGAACAUUAGUGGACGUUACUGAAUGUUACUGGACGUUACUGAAUGUUACUGAACGUUACUAGACAUUACUGAACGAUACUGAACGUUACUGGACAUUAAUGGAUGUUACUGAACGUUACUAAACAUUACUGAAAGUUACUGAACGUUACUGGACAUUACUGGAUGUUACUGAACGUUACUAAACAUUACUGAAAGUUACUGAACCUUACUGGACAUUACUGGAUGUUACUGAACGUUACUAAACAUUACUGAAAGUUACUGAACCUUACUGGACAUUACUGGAUGUUACUGAACGUUACUAAACAUUACUGAAAGUUACUGAACGUUACUGGACAUUACUGGAUGUUACUGAACGUUACUAAACAUUACUGAAAGUUACUGAACCUUACUGGACAUUACUGGAUGUUACUGAACGUUACUAAACAUUACUGAAAGUUACUGAACCUUACUGGACAUUACUGGAUGUUACUGAACGUUACUAAACAUUACUGAAAGUUACUGAACGUUACUGGACGUUACUGGACAUUACUGGAUGUUACUGAACAUUACUAAACAUUACUGAAAGUUACUGAACGUUACUGAACGUUACUGGACGUUACUGGACAUUACUGAAAGUUAUUGAACAUUACUAAACAUUGCUGAACAUUACUGAAAGUUACUGGACGUUACUGAAUGCUGUUGGGCCAUGACUUUUAACUCCAAUCAAAAUUUUAUGUAAUUUCCAAUCUGAAGUCAUUUGUAAAGUAUAAAUUCAAGCCGUGCCGAGUCAGAAACUCUUUAACUGCAUGUCCACGUCAGUAGUUUUAAGUCUAUUUUGCCUCAUCAAAAUUUCAUGUCCAUCCCUACUAAAAUAAAACCAGUGAUGACCCCCCUACAGUGGCAGAUCUCACCUGUCACAGGACCUCGUUUGGCACCCCCUAUCUGUCCCUGCUAUGGCAGCCUGUUGAGCUAGCCAGCUAACACAGCAAGUUUCACUGAGCCACAGAUUGAUACUCUGAUGGCUGCAUCAACGUCAGUACUGGACGUUUUUAGAAAACUCAACAAAACUCCAAAAUGUACAGAUGUUUUUAUGAGAGAUAAAAUAGAAACUUGCUCUCACAAUGUUUUUUCUUGAUUUUCUCAACUUUUCUUGCUGUUUUGGGGGUAUCUGAGGUGAACCAGCAAAUCCUACCACUGACUGGGUUUACUUGGUUGUGCACUUAAGCCCUGACUUGCCCAAGUGGCACUGCCCUUCUGGCAAAGCUGUGCUACACUCAAACUCCCCAGUAGGACCAAUAAAGGUACUUAACAUAACAUGUUCUCUGAAUCUGGGAGGUAAUAAUGGACAGCAUUCUCUUACUAUCAUUGCUCUUUAAUGAGGAGGUCUGCACAGGCCUGGGCAUUAAUACCUGCACCCACCCACUUCAACCACUAAUCAGGUCCCCCACACCUGCAAAAGCUGCUGUGAUUCUUUCCCACAAAGCACCACUUCAGCCCUUCCCACUUAUCCACGCAUCAUGCCCACCUGCACCCGUCAGCUCCCGCCUGUGCUCACUGUAAUCCACUCUGCUGGUGUAGGAUGUGUCCACACUAACCAUGUGAUGCAGUGGUGCAUCCAGACCCUUCGCCCCUCCGCACACCCAGCAGCGGUAAUAAACGCUUAGGCUAAUCAAAGUGAACCUGCACAUGACACCAAACAAUGAGCGUCGCCUCAUGUGACAUCACUGUCAACAAACAAGGACUUCACUACUCACACGUCAGAACACGCAGAGCUGGAGUAAAACACAGAAUAAAAAGCCAAAAGAAUAUUAAUGGAAAUUCGGUGAGAUUUUGCGUGUCCAGUAAAUUUUCACUGGAUGUUUGUAGCUUCAUGUGUUUUGCUGCUUGCGAUCACAGGCCUGUUUUUCUCUGCAGCUCAUUUCUUGCUCUUUUGCUUCUACAGGCAGCCAGUAACUGUCCAAGCCCAGCCCACCCAGCCAGUCUAAUCUCCCCCCCGCACAAGCCCGCAGCCUGCCAUGUUCACCCACAAAGACCGCGGUGCCUGAAAAUCAAUACUGCCCACAAAUUAUUUAGCAGAUCUGGCGGGACCCACAAGUGACCCCACCUCAUGAAAAUCUCCAAUUUAAUGCAACUCCGUUUGAAUUAAAAAGGGAAGAUAAAUAAAGUGAUAAAACUGCUGUCACACUUUGUCAUGACCAGUGACAGCUUGGUUCAUGAUGGACAACUGCUAAUCACGCUAUUCAUGCUCUGCAGUAAAUAAUACACAGUGAAUUCCAUGCCUGUUAUUGGCCUGGUGGGGGCACUAAACAGCUUCUGUAGUUGUAGUUGUAGUUGUAUGAAUGUGUAGGAAGGGCCGACACUGACUCAGCCUGCAGGCCUGUGGUUCUGCUCAGCCUGCAGACGGUCAAACUCCUCCAGAUCUCCAGAUCAUCCGCUCUCACAGCUCCUUUAGCGCAGACACAGUGAAUAUGUACAGAACAGGCUGCUCUGGUGAGUUUGUGAAGCUGACGUUUGUGUAAAAGACAGAAGAGUAAAAGUACUUUGAUGCAGUUUUUCUGAUGUUUGGACUCUGAGUCGGUGGGAUUGUUUGCCACCCACAGUACCGUGCACGUUGAAAAGGGUCCAUUGUGUAUUUUUUCUAAUCACUAUUUCAAAAACAAGGAUUUGUAAAUGCAUUUAUUUUUGGAGAGUGUAAUUAGUAACGGCGAUGAAAUCCGUUGUGUUGUGAUGUUGCUUUUUCUGUUUGAUUUAUCAGAGACUCCAUCUUUGUUCAUUUGAAUGAAAUGAAAUCUGAAACAAAACAAAGCUGUGCUGAGACUGGAAGGCCUGUCAGAGGCAGACCAGCAGAGAAAAAGAGGGAAAUGUCUUUUUUAUGUGCUCCUUUGAUAAAGUAUUGUGUACAUAUAAGGCUG